AUGAAUGCAAAUACUAAGGAGAGCAUUGGAGUAAGGCUACGGAAUUAUAUGGAAACAGACAUUAACCAAGAAGGCAUAAGAUGGGCUCGAUACAUGGGCAGAGCUAAAAAAUUAUUUCAAGCAAAGUCACAGCCAAGACAACGCUUUGGACGACUAGAGUGGACAGAGACAGAUGAAAGGCAUAGAGAGAGAAGGAUAGGAGAAGGGCAGACAGAGAAGAUCCUCUGUUUCAGCUAUUCACUGGUGCAUUGCAGCCAAGUUAUUUCUACAUAG